CUCCUUCAGUCGGUCACACAGAGCUGAGCAUCGUCUCAGUGUGCGGAGGUGAAUUACUGUGUUUGUCUCCAUUUCCGGGAAAAAACGUUGUUCGUCUUUUGAGGGAAUUUAUUUUUUGGACCGAGGGACUUCCCGUUGUUCAAACAACAAAGCGACACGAUGCGAGAUGUUCACCUGAAUAAUGAGACGUGCAGCAACGGGUCCGUGGUGAGGUUGUGGUGUGGCUCCCAGUCUGCCGUGUGUUUGGUCACUGGAGAUCAAACUCUGUUCCAGACUCACCUGAACAACAGCACUCACAUGACAGAUGCAAACAGCUCCUACAACCUGUGGCUGGGUCUGACUCUGGCCCUGCUGUCGGCCUUCCUGAUUGGUGGGAGCGUCAUUCUCAAGAAGAAAGCUCUCCUCCGAUUGGCCGACACCGGGCACACCAGAGCAGGUGAUGGAGGUCAUGGCUACCUGAAGGACUGGCUGUGGUGGGGAGGCCUGUUAACCAUGGGAGCCGGAGAGGUCUGCAACUUUGUCGCCUACAUGUUUGCUCCGGCGACGCUGGUGACUCCUCUGGGCGCUCUGAGUGUCCUCAUCAGUGCAGUCCUGUCCUCCUACCUGUUGGGGGAGGUGUUGAACGUGGUGGGGAAGCUCGGCUGUCUGCUGUGCGUGCUGGGAAGCAUCCUGCUGGUCCUCCACGCGCCAGAGGAACAGGAAGUGACAUCACUGCAGGACAUGACCAACAAGCUGCUGGAGCCUGGUUUCCUGGUGUACGUGUCGGUGGUGUUGGUGCUGUGUGCCGUGCUCGUGUUGUACUUCUCUCCUCGGUUCGGUCGCUCCAACAUCCUCGUGUACAUCGGCAUCUGCUCGCUGCUCGGAGCCUUCACCGUCUCCUCGGUGAAGGGCCUCGCCAUCGCCAUCAACACCGUCUCUUAUGAUAUCUCGGUGCUUGCUAGUCCUCUCACCUGGAUCCUGCUUUUCACUCUCAUCGUCUCCAUAGUAACACAGGUGAACUACCUGAACAAGUCUCUGGACACCUUCAACACCCUGCUGGUCUACCCCAUCUACUACGUCCUCUUCACCUCCGUCGUCCUGUCCACCUCCAUCAUCCUCUUCCAGGAGUGGAGGGGCAUGUCGGCCGUGGAUGUGGUCACGACGCUGGGAGCCUUUGUGGUCAUCGUGGUGGGCGUGGCCAUGCUCCACCUCUUCAAAGAGCUGCAGAUGACGAUGAAGCAGCUGACCAAUCAGCUGUCUCAGCCGGUGGAGAGGGAGGGGCUUGCGGAGGAAGUGUCAGCCAAUGGAAGAGGAGAAGAGGUACAGAGGAGUAAAAAAGAGGAUAAAUACGGACUGAUGGACAACAUGGUGAUCGAGAGUCUUCCUCCUAUGAGAGAGGAAGGACCGAGAGUCUUCAUCAUCAGCUGAGACAGGAAGCAGAGACGCAGGUUUGUGUUUCCUGUCUGGACGUUGUAGUUCGGACUGCUCAGUUUGUAGUCCUCACUCUGACUGAUACUGUAAAAAUCCUAGUGCACUUUUUAUUUAAAGGCCCAGGCCUGUAGUUAGAAGACGUUUCAGUUCACUGUAGAUUAUUGAUCCACGAGCUUUCACACAAAACACUUUUCAUUCACCUGAACACACUGUGCAGCUCCUGGACACAAAUCCCCCGUUUACACUCAGUGACUCCAGAGUGGACAAUUCAACAGAUUCAACCAGGUGUUCAAACCAGAAGUAACGACAGAGACACAAAAUAAUUUAACAGAGACUGAAAACAACAACAGAGACUGAAAACUACAAAGAGACUAAAAACAACCACAGAGACUAAAAACAACCACAGAGACUAAAAACAACCACAGAGACUGAAAACAACCACAGAGACUGAAAACUACAAGGAGACUAAAAACAACCACAGAGACUAAAAACAACCACAAAGAGACUGAAAACAACUACAAAGAGACUGAAAACAACCACAAAGACUAAAAACAACCACAGAGACUGAAAACAACCACAAAGACUGAAAACAACCACAAAGACUAAAAACAACCACAGAGACUGAAAACAACCACAAAGAGACACAAAACAACUACAAAGAGACUGUAGUUGUUUUCAAAGAGACUAAAAACUACUAAAAAGAGACUGAAAACAACCACAAAGAGACACAAGUGUAAAUGGGGCCACUGUCCGUUAUCAUCUGGAACAACACACCUUCAGAUUGACGUAUUUACUGUCGUUUACAUCAGGACGUCAUGACACGUCUCGGUGUCAUUUCACCCGCUUCAUUAAAAAGUUGUGUAUUUUAUUUAUUCAGCAUUUAAAGAACGAGGCUGGUGUUGGACAGUAUUGUUUUGUUGUCAUCACUUCCCAUGUGCAGAUCCAAACCAACAAUGUGUUAGUCCGUCUCUCAGUACUUUCCCCGCUCGUCUGAAUCUCAGCUCACAUUGGUUCCUACUUCUUCUGAGGUCUAGAGAAACCACCUGAAACCCGGAUCUGAAUCAGCUGUAAAUAAAUAAUAACCUGCAGCACAUGUGUCUCAGAUGGGACACUCGUGUAACUUGAGAGCGUUUUACUGAAGCUGAUGAUCGUUGCCAAAAGUCAAGUCGCAUUUCUUAUUUACAUUUUAGAAGCAGCCGGAUCAGCUGUUAGCGGCUCGUGUUCGCGCCGUAAACACCGAUGUUCACACACUGUCACUGGGUGAGUUUGAGACUGAGAGAAACUUCUCCAGUUCUGCAGCUAUAAAAGCUAUUUUUUCUUUCUGAUUUCUAAGCAGGUUUUUUAGACGUUUUAUUCACAAUGGAAAUCAGAGAUAAUUACAAACUCAGGAAGUUAAAGUCUCUCUGAAUCCAACAACAUGUGUUUCAUGUGUGUGUUCAGAUUUCUCCCAAGGAGAAGGAGGAUUUUUGAUUUUGCUUUUAAAUGACCUUCAGAGCCGUGAGAGACUUUGUGCUUCUCUUGGUUUUAUUUGAUUCAGUGUUCUUUUAAAUAUUAUACUUCUACAACAGGCGUCAGCUUCAGUAACUGUUAGAGACAUUUUUGUUCUGACAUUUUACAGAAAAUAAAAGAUUAAUCAAGAAAAUAAUCGGCAGAUAAAUCGAUAACGAUCAUGAUAGUUCGUCACAGCUGUAGUUUAACAGCUUUUAAUGCUGAUAGUGAACUGUUGUGAACAAGAUGAAAGUGAAAGCUAACUGUCAACGAAACUAAAAAUGCUCAUCAAGACACGUCAUGAAACCCAAAGAUCUUUAAUUAAAUAUGAUGUUUAGACACAGAAAAGCAGAAAAUAUUCUUUCACUCUGAAACCAAACCUGGACCCUUGAGAGGAUUUGAGGGUUUUUGUCCUGCAUCUGAUAAAUUGAUUGGUUCCUUUCAUUGUUGGUUUUGAUCUGUUCAGUGUUGACAGUAAUAAAAAUAUCGAAUAUCACCAGACUCCUGCUUUAAAAAACGAGGUUUUAACAGAAACAAAAUCACACUCGAACACAACAUUUCAGAAAGAUGUUUCCAAAGCACUUUAUUCACUUUGUUAAUGAUCCUGUCAGGAGCUGCACCGACUCAGAACAAAACUUCUUUAACUUCCUCUUGAACAACCUCUACCCUCUGCUCUGCUGCUGCUCUCUGUGGUUCCAGGAAAUCAGAGCGGAGUGAGACAUCUCUGUUUCUGUUCCUCUGAUUUUAAUCCUUCGAGUUUAAACUGUGUGAAUGUUUUCCUCUCCGCUGAAGCCGGAGUCCAUGAAGCAGCCGGACGACACACACUCUCUGUCCAUCACUCAGUGUUUAACUUUCAACUUUAACUUUAUUAAUCCUGCAGCAACGGACAACACAGAACACACACACAGGCUAGAACACAAUAACUACACAAUAAAGUUCAUGUGUUUAUUCGUCUAUAACGUGGGUCAGAUUCACUGAACCACUAAAUCUGUGCUGCAAAGAUUUCUUUAUGGUUUUGGUUUUAAGGUUCAGAACAAUUGGUGAUUAGUGAUUAGAAAUUAUUUAUAUUAAAAAUCCUGGCAUCAUGUUUUCCCUUUAGAGAAUUUACACUGAGUGAUCAGUACUGAGCUGUGUGUGUGUGUGUGUGUGUGUGUGUGUGUGUGUGUGUGUGUGUGUGUGUGUGUGUGUGUGUGUGUGUUUCUGCUGCUGAAGACUCGGUUUAUGAAGCUCAGAGGAACAAACUCAUUAAAGUGUCCUGAUGACACAAACUGUUUUUCACACGUACUUUGCAUUGAUGCUGACCACAGCAGUGUUUGUGUUUUUAAAUGAUACACGUGUGUGUGUGUGUGUGUGUGUGUGUUGUAGUAAUCAGAAACACAACAUGUCAAAACUUCUUUUUAAAGCAACAGUCCAGGUGACUAAAGUUCAGCAUAAAGACAUCUCUUCUGUGAAGCUACAGCCAGUUAGCUUAGCUUAGCAUAAAGACUGGACACAGGUGGAAACAGCUAGCCUGGCUCUGUGAAACAUUGAGGUCUAAAGAUCAGUGAUCCAAGAAAAACACUUUUUUUUUUGUUUGUUUUUAAACUUUGUUUUUGUUUAGCAGAUUAAACAAACGAGGCUGAUCAAUAUGUUUGAUUAACAGUAUCAGUAACUCAGUAACUCUGCUUUUGUCUGUUUCCUUAAACACAAUCAAACUUUUAUUUUGUUUGUUUUCAGUCCGUCUUUAUAUUUGUGAUGCCGUCAGAUCAUUUCAAUAAAGUUCAGUAGAUUUUA